UCAUUACGCAGGCGCCGGGACUCCGCCCUCUACCGCUACAUAGAGUCCAUCUUAAACCUUUCACAAGUCCUCGAGUAAACCAGAAGAGAAACAUGGAGUUUAUUAAAGAGGAGCCUGAAGACUCGACUAAUACAGGAUCUUUCAGAGUGAAAGAUGAAGAAGUUGAGGAACCAAUAGGCCUGAUGGAAGUAAAAGAGGAAGACCGAGAACUGAAUGAAGUUGAGGACAACCAUCAUUUCCAGACGCCUGAAAAUUUCAUCGCUAAAGAAAAACUUUUAAUUGACUACAAGUCAGAAAACCUUUCACAAGCAGGAUGCCUCAAAGAUCACGCUAAAAAUCACAGCAGAAGGAGGCCUUUCACGUGCCAUCAGUGUGGAAAGGGUUUCAAACGUAAAGGACACCUUACUAUUCAUUCAAAAGUUCACAACAGAGAAAAGCCUUUCACGUGCCAUCAGUGUGGAAAGAGUUUCAAACACAAGGGCCAUCUCUCUGCUCACGCGAAAAUUCACUCCGGAGAGAGGCCUUGUUCAUGCCAUCAAUGUGGAAAGAGUUUCACGAACGAAGAAAACCUUAAGUGUCACAUGAAAACCCACGAUGGAGAGAAACCUUUCUCGUGCCGUGAGUGUGGAGCGAUCUUCGCCGAUAAACCAACUCUUCAGAAUCACAUAAAAACUCACUGCGGAGAGCGCUCUUUCUCGUGCCGUCAGUGUGAUAAGAGUUUCGGUCAUAAAGGACAUCUUAACAUUCACAUGAGGAGUCACACCGGAGAGAAGCCCUUCGUGUGUACUCACUGCGGAAAGAGGUUUAUUCAUAGAGGACAUCUUAACGAUCAUUUGAGGAUUCACACCGGAGAGAAGCCCUACGCGUGCACUCGCUGCGGGAAGUGUUUCACGCAUCAAGCUAGCCUCUCCUGGCACAUGAGAGCUCACAGCGAAGAAACACUGGAGCGUUACAUGAGAGUACACCCCGAAGGGAACCCUUUCAAGUGCCAUCAGUGUGGAAAGAGCUUCCUUCAUAAAGGACACCUUAACGAUCACUUAAGAGUUCACACCGGAGAGAAGCCGUUCACGUGCCCUCACUGCGGAAAGAGUUUCAGUCAUAAAGGCUACUUUAACGUUCACGCGAGGAUUCACACCGGAGAGAAGCCGUUUGUGUGCCAUCAGUGCGGAAAGAGCUUCACGCACAAAGGGAGCCUGAAGUGGCACAUGAGAAUCCACGCCGAGGGUCUGUUCCCUUGCGGCGAGUGCGGGAAGAGUUUCGCGUAUAAAAGAAAGCUCCAGAUUCACCGGCGAACUCACGCCGUCGAGAAACCUCUAACUUGCCUUCAGUGUGAAAAACGAUUCACGUGCGACAGAAAGUUUAAGUGUCACGUGAAAACUCACUCGAAAGUCAAUCCUUACUCGUGCAAUCGGUGUGGAAAGGGAUUCGAUCAAAAAGCACACCUAAACGAACACAUGAGGACUCACACCGGAGAGAAGCCCUUCUCGUGCCAUCUGUGUGGGAAGAGCUUCAGUCAGAAAGGAACCUUUAACGUUCACCUGAGAAUUCACACCGGAGAGAAACCCUUCCCCUGCCAUCAGUGUGGAGAGCGUUUCGGUAAGAAGAGAACCUUGAAUGUUCACCUGAGGACUCACACCGCCGUCAACUUCGCGUGCCAUCAAAGCGCGCGAAGCUUGAUUCAAAAAGCGCACCUUUAUGAUCGUGUAAGAGUUCAUAUCGUGGACCGGCCGUUCUCAUGCCAUCACUGCAAAAAGAACUUCAUUCAUAGAGGACACCUUAACGAUCAUCUGAGGAUCCACACCGGAGAGAAGCCCUACGCCUGCCAGCGGUGCGGGAAGCGCUUCACCCAUAAAGCAAGCCUUACGUGGCACACGAGAUCUCACGCCGAUGAGGAACGCUUCCAGUGCCGUCAAACGGAGAAGAAAUGUACAAAAAUGUAGACGUUGAGAGUCAGAGAAGAGUCCUGAAGCCUUACGCGUGCCUGCGGUGCGGGAAGGCGUUCUCCAGUAAAGCAGGCCUUACGUGGCACACGAGAUCUCACGCCGAUGAGGAGCUCUUCACGUGUCACCCGAGCGAGAGGAAGGGCCCGGUCGAUGGAGAGAGUCCCAUCCGCUCCGGAGAGAAGCCUUACGCGUGUCCUUUGUGUGAAAAGAGUUUCAGUCGUCAGGCCAUCCUUCAGAGUCACGUAGAAACUCACUUUGAUGAGAGCUCUUAGGGUGAGCGGCGAGCGUGUGUCUGGUACACAUGUAGCGUGUUGACAUCUUUACAUCUGUAAUACAUAUUCUAUUACAACCACCACUCUAGAGUUUUCUAUUAAUUGAAUUCAGUCAUGUAUAUUUAGGUUUAUAAUGGCUCUGGUUCUCACUCUAUGAACAUGAGUUGUAGUUUGCGAGUAAAGCAGCAAAUGCUUUCAUUAACAUCAGUUGCCUCGGUAAUAAUCUGUUCAUUUGAUACAUACUAGUGAAAAUCGCUGUGCACAGCGUAAAUGGUUAAUAAAUUGUACUCUGGCUCGGUUUAAGGCACUGAGUACACCCUUAAAGGCACAGUAUGUAAUGUUUUGACUAAAGCGUAACAGUAGCGUGUUUAGCAAACAUGCUAAUUCACAUGCUUGUUUCUCUGUGCAGCUCUCAAUGUAGAAAGAAACCGCUUUGAACUACACACAACCUUCACCUCAUUAUGAAGCACUUGCUCACUGUGAGUAUAAUAACCAAUAACUUUUGUAUGAAGCUCUAAACUGCUCAGUGGUGACCUCUGGUAGAUAUUUAUAAAGCUUUGAAGUGGUGUACACUACCAUUGUAUAUGAAAAUCUCUGUAAAUCUUGGUUUACACAUUUUUUUUUUUAGCAUUAAACUACUUUUAUUCAAUUUAAAAGCAGUAAGAGCUAAAACUUAGUUUGGUUUUCUUUUGCCAAUUCCAAGGACUUUGGGAAAUGAUGUACUAAUAACAGACUACAAUGUUGUCAAACAAUCCCUGUAUAAAUAGAUCCAUGAAAAUGACACCCA